CACACACGCACGGCACCGCCGGAGCCGCUGAAGGAGCCUCCGCGGGGUUCGGUGCCGCUCCGACCCGCACAAAAGACGGGAAGGAGGAAGAAGAGGAGCGCACGGUGCUCGCAGCCGCGGCCGGUGGCACUGCCUGGAGAUGUCGGGGGUGCUGGUGAUCGCUGCCUGGUGCUUCCUGCAAGUGGAGAGCCGGCAUCCUGAAAUCAUCACGAGUAGCAGCAAUCAUGGCAAUUUCCUGGACAACGACAAAUGGCUGAGCACCGUUUCGCAGUAUGAUAGAGACAAGUACUGGAACAAAUUCAGGGAUGAUGAUUAUUUCAGGAACUGGAAUCCAAACAAGCCUUUCGAUCAAGCCCUUGAUCCAUCUAAAGAUCCAUGUUUGAAGGUGAAGUGCAGCCCACAUAAAGUGUGUGUCACUCAUGACUAUGAAACUGCUAUUUGUGUAAGCCGCAAGCAGCUGGUACACAGCCUUCGACAAAAGAAAGGGAACUUGGCUCAGAAGCACUGGGCUGGACCAGCUAACAUAGCCAAGUGCAAGCCUUGCCCCGUGACGCAUGGCAACGCUGUCUGUGGAUCUGAUGGACACACAUACACUACCAGGUGCAAGUUGGAGUUUCAUGCAUGUACUACUGGCAAAACCAUCACAGCUCGAUGCGAAGGGCCCUGCCCCUGCCUUCCAGCACCUGAAAGUUCGAAACACAAGACAGAGAAGGCUGCUUGCACAGACAAAGAACUGAGGAAUCUUGCUUCCCGACUAAAAGACUGGUUUGGUGCUCUCCAUGAGGAUGCAAAUCGUGUCAUCAAACCAACGAGCUCCGAGACAGCACAAGGCAGAUUUGACACCAGCAUACUACCAAUCUGCAAGGAUUCCUUAGGCUGGAUGUUCAACAAACUUGACAUGAACUAUGACCUGCUGCUGGAUCCCUCGGAGAUCAGUGCCAUUUAUCUGGAUAAGUACGAGCCAUGUGUCAAGCCUCUCUUCAACUCCUGUGACUCCUUCAAGGAUGGAAAGCUUUCGAACAACGAGUGGUGCUACUGCUUCCAGAAGCCAGGCGGUCUUCCUUGCCAGAAUGAAAUGAAUAGAAUUCAAAAGCUAAGUAGAGGGAAGAGUCUGUUGGGUGCUUUCAUCCCACGAUGCAAUGAAGAAGGUUAUUACAAAGCCACUCAGUGCCAUGGCAGCACAGGGCAAUGCUGGUGCGUCGAUAAGUACGGGAAUGAGAUAGCUGGCUCAAGAAAGCAAGGGACAGUCAGUUGUGAAGAAGAACAAGAAACCUCAGGGGAUUUUGGCAGUGGUGGAUCUGUUGUAUUGUUGGAUGAUUUGGAAGAGGAACCUGAAGCAGCAAAGAAAGGCAAAGAAGGGAAAGUGAAGGUUCAUGUAAGAGCAGCUAAUGAAGACGAUGAAGAUGAAGACGAUGAUAAGGAUGAUGAAAUUGGUUAUAUAUGGUAGUGCCCAUCAUAAUGAGGACUCACGUUUUGCACAAUAUUGCAAGUCAUAUCAUAUCUCUGCAAUUGUAUCUGAGAGUACCUGGCACAAAUAUUCCCUCUCCACUGAGUUUAAUUUUGUAUAGUCUAUUUAAUUUAGGAGACAGCUUUUUUUUCCCCAGCAAGGACUGUUUGGAAUACGGCUUUUGUUCACUUGGUUUGGGGCAUUUUUGUUCUAUCCACAGGGGCAAUGAGUUUUGUUUCAAAAACAUUUCAUGUCUUAAUCCUCACUUGCACAGCUUAUGAGAUAGAUCCUGUGAAAAAAGAAUUGCAGAAGGGGCUCAAUGAACCAGUACAAAGCUUAGAAACCCUUCUCAUGUUAAGGAAUUUGGGUCAUAAAUUGUUGCCUGGAUCAUAUCAGAAACACUUGUUUUUCUUUUCUGAAAUGUAGGUGCCUCAUUUUCUAGUCCAUGUUUGUUACAUUCCAGUAAAGAGGAAGUCGCUUUGGAUAGUGACUUCUGGCAGCCCAGCACCAGGGAUUUAAUCCAGAAAAAAAACCUACUGUUGGGAUUUUCUCUUCUUUACAUUGUCUUAGAAUGAAUCCAACAGGCAAAGCACCCACCAGAGCAUAGACCAGCUCACUAACACUUUAUUUGAUUAAGGAACACAGCUUUGAUCAUAAGAGAUGCUGAGAGCCUGCAGCUGUAACGGGCCAAACCCUACAGGCAGGGAACGAGUCCAUCUGCCUUUCCUUUAGAGUGCUUUGUGAAUUUGUAGCAUCAUAACCACCUCCAUAUCUGUUCCUCAGCUUCCGUCCAAACUCAUUUGCGCUAAGAGUGGCACUAACAUCGCGCAGGCAGCCUCUGCUUCCUGCUCACACGCUAUAGAUCUGCCUGUUCUUCAUUUUCUGUUAGCAGUGCCUCAUUCCAGUGUUAUAAAGCUGUCACAGGCACUAACCAUCAAAAGUAAUAAGCUGUCAUUUCUUUAAUUUCAAUAGUUAAUAUUUAUUUGGCCUGUUUUAAAAGGCAACUUUAGGUGAUCAUGUUUCAAAAGCAUAACCCUGUGCUCAGUGUGACAAGCUGCACACUUGUAAUAAACACACGUGAAAGAGUAUUAAAAAUACAACCUGUGAUCCCUUCAGCAUGUCACAUAUUCAUAGCUCUUCAGUUAUAUCACAGCAUAUUGACAUUAAAUUCUUCUCUGUGUCCUUUCCCAUUGCAGUUCUGACGCAGUAAUGUACUGUGGUGACCUUGUGUUCUUUUUGCUGUUUUCAGAGACAGAAGGAGCUACCUUAACCCCACUCUUGCAUUAAGUGGCAAGAUGUAAGUAUUUUAGCAGUGCUUUUGAUUUGCCUAAGAGCUAUUUUGCAGAAUUGAAAACGUGCUUAUUACACAGAGAACUAAUCAGAUUGAUUUACCUUUUCCCUCUGAGUUAGUAUUGGUUAGAGGUGGGGACAGUAUGGAGCCAACACUUGGCUGGUUACAUAUUCACUCAAAAGCAGGAAAAUACCAUGUGUUUGGCAGAAGACAAUGUUUUAGGCACACACUGGCCCAAGAGCUGUGGUCCUCAGCCCUCUGUGUAGGAUGUCUGCUUUCAGACGUGGUCAGAAGAGCACUACAAAGAGGAACUCCUUUCAGACACCAUGUGUUCCAGGGGCUCAGUUGGUUUCUCCUCUUUCAUUUCCUAUUUAUCUAGAUCAAUGACCCCAGAGCAGAGAUCAAGCCCGCAUAAUUGUUGUUAAUGCAGAAGGAUGUGUAAAAUCAUGAGGAAUUUGUUGUCUGUUGUGUCAUGCCCCUGCAUCCUCCCAAAAAUCUGCCAUCACAGCCAUUCGCAAGUGGCCUGCGAUCUGCCCUGCUCAGAUCCCUGUGGGUUUCCUAUCACUUUUGAUAAUUUAUUUCAAAAUCAGAUAUAACCAACAUUUCUGCUUCCCUAAGUAGUGUGUUUCUGUGAGAAGCAUUUGAACUCCAUCAGUCGCUUCUCAAACAUCUUGGCUGGUUGCCUUCUGGUAUUCUAUUACUUAAACCCGUACUCUGGGUGCAGCUCUGGUGUCCUGUGCAGGACCUGCCUAAGGCACAGGGUUGCCAUUUCCCCUUGACACAGAACUGAAGUCCACAAUCGGUAGCGUUAUGCUCAUCCUCCUGCCUGGACUUCUUCUCCACACAACUGUUUUCUGCAGUCCUGUGUCCCUUUGCAACAGCUUAUCCUGAAGCUAUGCCUUACUUCAAAGACCACACAGUAAAUCCCUUCAGCCAGCCCCUCACCAGGGUAAAGCCUGGCUAACCAAGCCCUUGCAGGCAGCUCUAGGAUCCAGGAUUGCAGCCCAUCUGUGUCACGUGCAAACGUGCAAGAUGCUUAAAGAAAAGCUGUUAAAUAACCCUUUAAAAGUGAAUGUGGCCAUUCUUCAGCUUACAUGAGCAGACAUGCCACCACCAUCCAUUUCUCAACACCACUGAGCCUCUCCUACCUGUAAUCUCUCACAUGCAACUAUGCCAAAUCAGAGCUGGAAGGGUUUAUGUCUUUAUGUUAAAACUGUUAACACAAUUACUGUCUCUCAAACUCACCAACUCAAUGCUGUGCAUCCAGUCAAACAGCACCGUGCAGGCAAGAGAUGCCUUGGGUGGUUCAGCUGAUCUCUGGUAGCUCAUUUCCCUUUAUACAGAGGCAAACACACACACACAAGUAUGUUUUAAGCCCCCUGGCCCAGAUGCAGGACAGUGCCCCAGGCCAAGUAAUCAUUCAGUUACCUGCCUCAUUUGUGCAAGUGUUCUGCAUCAGGGCCAGCACUGGAAAAAUACCAUUUUAUUGAGUAGCUCAGUUGGGUACAACUACAAAGAGUUUAAAGAGAGUAGUGUCAAACCACAGGGUGUAAAGGGUCUUAGGCUGGAGCAGAGCAGAUGAGCUGCCAUGCCUGGGAGGGCAGCUCAGACUGUAGAUUGCUUUAAGAGCAAGUUCCCACAUAUUACAAGGCUAUAUAGCAAAACCCUUCUGUGAUCCACUGGCAUCCUGCAGUGGUUGCAGGAUCUGCAGCCUAUAGAUGCAUCUGUGUGUGUAUAUGUGUGUGUAUAUAUACAUUUAUACACAUAUAUGUGUGUAUGCGUGUGUCCCAUUGGGGAAGCUGCAUUAGGACAAUGUUUUAUUCCUUCAAAAGAAACCAGCAAUUCUACCAAGAGCCAGUGCUCUUCCAGAUGAGGCCCCUUUCAUUCUUCAUGCUUUGUAAAGGAUUUAAUUUGCUUCCAGCUUAAUUUAAUUCCUUGCUUUUGCUUUUGCUUUCUGCAAAGCAAGACUUCCCAUCUGCAUCAAGUCAUUAACCUUCCAAGCAUUUGCUCAUUGUGAGAAAUGAAAUCAGAGUUGUCCCAUUCUUUUAGAGACACAAACCAAUUUUUAAUCUCGUUUUCUUUUCAUAUUAGAGACUAUGAAAUGCUGUUAGGUAUUGCUUUAGGUUUCUUUUAACUAUUGUGGUUAAAUCAAAAUCUACAGUUCAGAUUUCAGCACAGUUGGGGUUUUUUGGGUCAUUACUGUCUUUGCUGUGAACACAAAGAAUCCUCUUCCUUUUCUUUGCCUUUUUUUUUAACCUAUUCUCUGCUAUUAUUUUAAUUCAUUUGAAAUGUUUAUUUAAUAUUUAUUCUACAGUUUAUAUUAAAAAUGUAAAGUUUCUAUUUAAAGCAACACUGUUUGUUAGUGAAUGCUUCUCUUUGCCUCUCCAGCCUAGUCUGUUAGUUUCAGUGUACAUUUCUGGCAUGGGAAUAUUUUGAUAUUAGAAGUUUUGUAGCAUUUUUCCCCUCAAGCAGCAGAUGACGUAGAUCUGAGGUCACCUCUUGAUACAGACCACCAGAUCCAGCUUAGCUUCCUACAUUGGUUGGCUUUUCCUGCAGUCCCUUCUGUAUGCCAUUCAAGUUCCUUUCAUACAUAGACCGCUUUGUACAGUUACUAUACAUCAAAAAGCCCUUUCUACAGUAGGUGGGUUUUGGUCUUUUUAUACUUUUCUCAAUGCUGUUGAUGUCCGUUACUGUUAAAUGUGUAGAUCUGUAAGGAGAGAUCCAAAUAUUACGUGUUUCAGUUUGAUGUCCCUACUGUAGAUGGAUGUAGACUACCAUAGUAAGUAGAAUUGCAUAGUAAAUUCUGAAUGCUUUUUCCAUAAGGAGUUCAGUGGAAUGUGAGCAUUUGGCUAUCUUUGGUUAACUGUAAAUGCUUAACUGUAGUCUGGAAUAGUUGCAUUUUCGUCUGUCUCAAUAAAUUUUAAUUUGUCUGUGA